UGAGGUAGCGCCAUGCAGACAUCUGUACAGGCUUGUGUUAUUGUUAGGUCAGGCCAUUGUCAUACUUCCUCUGCUGGAUAAUAGUUUUUUAAGGAAAUUUACUACAGCUUGGAUUUAUUUACAAGAUUAUAAUUUGAACUCAUUGAAGCGAGAUUAAUUUCCCCACCUGGGGCCUCAACUGCUGUGACUCAGUGUAAGUUUGCCUGGAGUAUAUAUAUACUUGUGUUACAACUACUAGUCUGGUCAGACAUGUAGGGAAAAGCCCAAGUGUGUUCUCAUGUCUAAUUCUGGCUGAUUACUACAAUAAGGAGUCACCGAUACAGUCAUCAGCGAGGUGUACUCACUUCUGUUUGUCUACAAUUCUCCUAUCAAUUUCCGACAACUUACCAGGUAAUACUGCAGAUAACCGAAACAACAGGUGGAUCCAGGUAAUGGCCUGAUAUCAUUACGCAUCGCUCCAAGUAUAGAAGUGACAUACAACUUACCACCUGGACUAUAUAAGGAUCGUGUUUACCUGCAGUGUCCAUCAUGGUCAAGGAUAGGCUACAGGAGAUGAAAAAGAAACACGAAGAGUUUGAAAGUGAAGAUUUGAAAAAGAAACGCAAGAAAAAGGAAAAAGAAACCAUGGAAACUACAAUAGCAGGAUUCCAAGAUAAAGUCCACGGUAUUGAAGAAAGACUAAAAAGCUUAAAGAAAGAGGCUGAUGAUGUGAAAAAGUUACAAAGUAAUUUGUAUUGUUCACCAUUUGUAACUUCGAAGGACUUACAGAAGAUGGAACACAUGUCUGACCAGAUUCUGACUGAUUCAAUACGCAUUCGAAAAGAUAUUGAGUUAUUAGCUGCUGAAACAACGACAGAAUCACAAAAGGCAUCCCUGAUAACUUCUGGUACACAUCAAAGAGUUCAUGUGACUCAGAUUGACCGAUUAUCACAGGAACUGAAAACGACCACUCACGAUUUUGCUGGAAAUCAAGCAGAUUACUUGGAUAAAACAAAAGCAAGAUUUAAACGUCAGAUGCAGAUUGUAACUAAUGGGAAUGAACCAGACAAUAUUGACAUGAAUUUCCAAAACCAGGCCAUGUUUACUGGGGGAUUCUUGAUGGAAAUGCAAAAAGCUAAGGGAGAUUUACAAGUUCUACAGGAGCGCGAAGAAGUUCUACAUGACAUUGAAGGUCAGAUUCAUGAGGUCAACAAACUAUUUAAGGAAAUGCAUGUGUUAGUGGCAGACCAAGGGGAGACAAUUGAUACCAUAGAAAAUCAUGUGGAACGUACUGUGGCUGAUAUCGAAUCAGGAAAGAAAGACUUAGGUGAAGCUGAGAAAAAUCAGAAAAAGUUUCGAAAGAAAAAGUGCAUAUGCAUCAUAAUAUUAGUCAUAGUCAUUGCAAUUAUCAUCGGAAUUGUGGCAGCCAUUAUUGCCCAAAGUACAGGUGGAGAUUAACGGUGACCAAUUAUUACAUGGGAAGAUGGAUUAAUAGCUUGAAGACAUUCUUUGGGAUGUAUUAAUAGCAUUUAUUUAUCCUUUUAGAUCAUUUCAGAUUUUUUUUAGAGUUGUUGCAAUUAAGUUAGCUUUUACAGCUGAGAAAGCAUAAUACUGAUGUUGGAAGCAUGUCUAGUGUGUGUACAGUGUGUAUAAGUAUUUUUGUUUAGCAUAUCAAUGUAUACAUGAAUAAGCGGUGUGUGCAUGCUUGUGUGGUGUGUGUAUGCAUGAGCAUUUGUGGUGUGUGUAAGUCAGCAUUUUUUUAUCAUUUAUUGCAAGUGAGCAUGCAUGUUAAUUGUGCUUGAGAAUGUAUGAUGAUGUGUGUGAAAAUGUAUAAUUUGUGUGAGCAUGCAUGGUACGUGAUACGUUGCGUGGAGGCAUGCUUGAUGUUGCAUUUAAGGAUUGACCUUCAUUUUGACUGCGUUCAUACUACCGUAUACGCAGUCAAACUGAAUAUUGUAUUAUAUUGGUACAAAGCCUCCGUAACCUGUGUAAAUCCAAACAAAUGAACAGCCUACAGCCUGCGAGCAGCGAUGGAUCUCCAACGUUACCAUUAUGACGUCACAAUGUAAAUUACGUCAUCAAUAGGAAACAAUGGUCUCCAAGGAAUCUCACUGCGUAUGCGGUAAUGUAUACGCAGUCACGGUUUACACAGCUUCAAUGGGAGCGAAUGUAAAUAUAUGAGUAUGUAUCAUACAUAUUGCUGUGAAUGAUGAUUCCUAGUUUAAGAUUGACAAGUAAUUUAGGAUUUUCUGAAAGAUGCUGAUGUGAUGGAGUCGGUUUUAUUUACUUUUAAAAGGAUUAUUUUGUUGCAAGGCAAUUAUCUAGCUUAUAAAUUGUGAUUUUUUUAAACAAACCAACUGUAUUGUUAAAUAAAUAUAUUUUAUUACUCAGAAUCAAGUGACAGCAAAACUUUUUAAACUUAUGGUCAGUCUUCAGCAGGAUAUAUGCCUUAAUCAUGCAGUGCGUAUAUUAAAUAUACCACCAUAAGCUGUCAAAAUGUAAGUUAAAAAGUCUUGUUUUGAGUAAUGCAGUACAUUCAUCUAUCUAUGUAAAAUCUUGAACAAGACAACAACCUAUAUUAUAGAAGUUACAGUACUUUUUGACCAAGUUAUUAAUAGUAAGGUGAUAUUUGUGUAAAAUCAAAAACAUUACCUUAUCUAGUUUACCCGGUAUUACAGCUGUGCAGGUUAUAGCAGAAUUUCUACUGAUACUGCGCUUAUAAAGUGUUGAAUACAAGUAUAAAUUACAGUAUUUCUUUCACAGGUAUACAUUGAACCCCUUAAAAGAUCCACUCAAAACAGUAAAAAUACCUGUAAUAUGAAACAGCUAGAAUAUACUUACGCAUAAAUUAUAUCCUGAAAUAUAAACAAAUCAGGUAAAUGGAGAAAUAAUGUGACAUUAAUUUGGAAUGGUUAUAUAGAGGUUCCCAAACAAUUGAUGGUUGGUUGUCACGUUUAACUUACUUGAAUAAGUUGUUAAUUUUCAAAUUGUAUAUUGACACAAGUUUACCAAGUGUCUUUAACUUUGAAAAUUAACCAAUGUGAGUUAAAUAAACAUGAUAAUCAACCAUCAUUGUUUAGAUAUUAUAUCUAGAAAACCAUGUUUCUCCAGUGAAAAUAAAUCAUUCCUUUUUCCGAUUGGGGACACAUUUGCCAUGAAUUAUGAUGUCACAACGGGAAAUGACGUUACAAAGCAUUAUUAUUUACUUGACAUGAUAAUUUUAAGUUUGACAGAUAACAUCAUGUCCAGUGUGUUACCCACUAGUGGGUACCCAAAAACGUUAACCAACUCCUAGCAGGUUUAUCCAAUGAGUUGGAAGUGAGAAAACCUAGAGUGAUAUUGGGGAAAAUUGGUGUCGGUGCUUUCGUUUAGGUCAGGAUAUAGGAUUUACUGUAGUUCCAACAUCAUCAUCAAAUAAGUAUUAGGAUUUAACAUGGAACUUAAUUGGUUUGCUUUUUACUAGAUCUAUUGGACAAAAUGCAGUCACAGUAAUAAUGUGAAAAGGUUGAUAUUUACUGAAGGGCCUAAAUGAACAAUAGGCACAUGCAUGUACACAGCAAUACUUUGGUUUUCAAAAAAAGUUCUAUAGAAAUUAUUGAAUGUUAUGGAAGAUUGCCAUAUCAUUGAAAGAAAAGCAUUGCAUAUGUAUUAAAUUACAUUUUGUGGAAAGUAUUUUUUUCUUAAGGAUACCCAAUACCUCUACACAAACAUCUUUUGAUCUAUAGUUGAAACAUAUCUUGGCUAAAAAUUACAAACUGAGGAAAAAACGUGUUGGAAAAGAAGGUGCAGCUUUAAGUGUGGAAAACAUUAAGGUGCAUGUAGUAUAUGAAAGUAAUUUACAUAAAAUGUGUGUACUGGUCAUGAGUGUUGUGGGUGCUGGAGGGUUAUGAGUGUUGGAGAGUUGUGGGUGUUGGAGGAUUGUGAGUGUUGGAGGGUUGUGGGUGUAAUUUACUGUAAUUAUAGUAAUAUGAGAAUUGUUAUUCCUGUGGUGAGAAGUUGUGUGUGUGUUCAGGAUAUGUCAUUGUACAGAUGUAGAACUUUAUAGAAAUAAAUACUCUAUGCAGUAUGUCAAAUCCUCCAGAGACUUACAAUACAAAAAUCUUUUUCUGCUACUCAUUGUAUUAUUCUUAUUUGCAAUAGAUAGGUUGAUCAUUUUUGCUGUUACAUGUAUUUUGUAUGUUAACUGAAUAAAAUAUAGAUAACUGCUCAA